AUGGGGUUGCGGAUUGGUAUGUUUGAAUUCACUCUUCUCUCUGGCAACUCACUCCCUGUUCCCUCCCCUCCCCUCCCCUCCCCUCCCCUCCCCUCCCCUCCCCUCCCCUCCCCUCCCCUCCCCUCCCCUCCCCUCCCCUCCCCUCCCCUCCCCUACCCUUCCCUCCCAACCCCUCCCCUCCCCUCCCCUCCCCUCCCCUCCCCUCUUUUCCCCUCCCCUUCCCUUAACUCCCCUCCCCUCCCCUCCCCUCCCCUGACCUCCCCUGACCUCCCCUGCCCAACUCUUCCCCGCCCCCCUGCCUUGCCAUCUCUUGUUUUCCCCUCCCCCUGCCCUAUGUACCUUGCCCUCCCCCUGCCCUAUGUACCUUGCCCUCCCCCUGCCCGAUGUACCUUGCCCUCCCCCUGCCCGAUGUACCUUGCCCUCCCCCUGCCCUAUGUACCUUGCCCUCCCCCUGCCCUAUGUACCUUGCCCUCCCCCACUGCACUUCCCUGUCCUCCCAUUCCCUCUCUUCCCCUCCCCUGCUCUCUCUUCAACUCCCCUUUCCAGCCCUCCCUGCCCUCCCUACCCAUUCCUCCCCGUCCUGUCGCACUCCCGUCCCGUCCCUAUCCUUCCCAUCUCUCCCUUUCCCGUCCCCUUCCCGUCCCUUUCCCGUCCCCUUCCCGUCCCCUUCCCGUCCCCUUCCCGUCCCCUUCCCGCCCCCUUCCCACUCCAUAUGCGCUCCUUCCGGUCCUGGCCACUCCACUCUCGCCCCGUUUCGUCCAAACAGUCCCGAACCGACCCAUCCUGCGGCCUGCCUCGUCCCGUCCCCUCUCAUCCCCUCCCGUCCCCUCUCAUCCCCUCCCGUCCCUUCUCAUCCCCUCCCGUCCCCUCGCAUCUCCUCCCGUCCCCUCGCAUCCCCUCCCGUCCCCUCCCAUCCCCUCCCGUCCCCUCGCAUCCCCUCCCGUCCCCUCUCAUCCCCUCCCGUCCCCUCGCAUCCCCUCCCGUCCCCUCCCAUCCCCUCCCGUCCCCUCGCAUCCCCUCCCGUCCCCUCUCAUCCCCUCCCGUCCCCUCCCAUCCCCUCCCGUCCCCUCGCAUCCCCUCCCGUCCCCUCUCAUCCCCUCCCGUCCCCUCGCAUCUCCUCCCGUCCCCUCCCAUCCCCUCCCGUCCCCUCGCAUCCCCUCCCGUCCCCUCUCAUCCCCUUCCUGCCCCCUUACCCCCCCCCUUCCCGCCCCCUUUCCCCCCCUUCCCGCCCCCUUCCCGCCCCCUUCCCGCUCCCUUCCCCCACUUCCCCCCCCCCCCCUUCCCCCCCUUUCCCUUCCCUUCCCCCAGCUUCCCCCCCCUCCCCCCCCCCUUUCCCCCGCCCUUCCCCCCUUUCCCGCUCCUUCCCGUCCUGGCCACUCCACUCUCGCCCCAUUUCGUCCAAACAGUCCCGACUCGACCCAUCCUGCCCCGUCCCGUUCCCUCUCAUCCCUUCCCCUCCCCUCUCAUCCCUUCCCCUCCCCUCUCAUCCCCUCCCAUCCCGACCCAUCUCGUCUCGUCCCCACCUGUCCAAUCCCAUUUAAUCGCCCAUCCCGUUCUGUCCAGAUCGUGCCCGUCUCGUCCUGA